UUAUAUAGUUAUGAGUUAGUUACAAAGAUACAGUAGUUCCCACCAAAAUCACUCAACCCAAAUCGAGUAAGAAAAAGAAAAAGGAAGAGAGAAGAUGAUCAUGAAGACGACGACGAUGCAAAUGCAAUACGCUUUCUGGAUUCUCUUGAUCUUUUCCAUCUCAAUCGCUUCUUCCUCCACGGUUCCAUCUCUUCAAGGUAUAACUAAUCAAACACGUCAUGGAGUUUUCUUGUUCGUUUUUUUUGCUGCAGGUCCAGUGAUCGGGAUCAACUACGGUCGUUACGGCUCAAAUGUUCCUCCACCAGAAGCCUUACCAUCACUUGUCAACUCACUCUCAAUCAAACACGUCAAAACCUUUGACUUAGAUCCAAGAAUCACCAAAUCUUUCGCCAACACUGGGAUCACUCUCUCCCUCUGCAUCCCCAACGACAAGAUCCCAUCUCUAUCCACCAAUCUCUCCGAAGCCGAAUCAAUCAUCAGAAACUUCAUCUUGCCUUACCACAAGAACACAAUCAUCACAUCAAUCUCCGUCGGUAACGAAGUCUCUUUACUCCCGCAGUUCUCAACCAACCUUGUCUCAGCUAUGGUCAACGUUCACAGAUCACUCAAGAGAUACAGAUUACACAAGAAGAUCAAAGUCUCCACAACACAUUCCCUCGCGAUUCUAUCCAGAAGAUUCCCUCCUUCGACCGCUAAGUUCCACAAAUCGAUCUCUGAUUCGGUUGUGAAACCGCUCAUAAGGUUUCUACAACGAACAGAGUCACCUCUCAUGGUGAAUGUGUACCCUUACCUAGCUUACAAGCAAUCGUUCCGUUCGAUUCCCCUCGACUUCGCUUUGUUUCAGCCGAUGAACAGUCCCAAGCGACGGAGAUACGUCGAUCCGUACAGUGGAGUCGCAUACACCAAUCUGUUCGACAUAAUGUUGGAUUCUGUUGACUCCGCCGUGAAAUCCUUGGGAUUAGCUAAAAUUCCGGUGGUCGUAUCGGAGAUCGGGUGGCCGAAGAGUGGAGAACCGGGAGAAACAGCUGCGAGUUUGGAGAACGCUAGGGUUUUUAACCAGCGGCUGAUUGAGCAUCUGAGAAGGAGAUGGAAUAAGGUCCCUGUGUAUAUCUUUGCUCUGUUCGAUGAAGAUCAGAAAACUGGAGCCGCCGUGGAGAAACACUGGGGUUUGCUUUACGGCAACGGAUCGAGGAAGUACGAUGUGAAAAUCUCGCCGCCGAUUUGAAGUUUUGAACGGCGUUAGGAAGAAAACGAGAUGAUGGGCAAAUUGGUCAUUUUCGUGUAUAGGCUUUUUGAUUUUGUAAUGGGCCUACGGCCUUAUUGAUCCACCGAUUUUUUU